AUGGGAAGUAAUGUCAGCAAACCGCAACCAGCAAAUCCCGAGGAUAGCGUCUUCUCUCUUUCAAAUGUUCUUCAAGAACAAAUGAUAAAGGAAUACAAUGAUGAACAAGUUGUAAAACUUUUCGGCAAGCAGAUUGAAAGAUUGGGAGAACAGAAAGCGACUUUGGUGAAAGAGACGGUGGAGCAGAGGGGAAUCCUGAAACAGCACAUGAAUGCAUUCAGGGAACAGAAUGAAGAGAUCCAAAAGAAAUUAGACCAAGAUGCAGAACAAUUCGAAGACCGCUUCUCUGACAUAGCAAAUGUUGUCGACUACGAUUCAGAAAGACUCGAAAAGAAGUUUCUUACAAAAGGCGACCUCAAACAUUCGCUAUCAACGACUCCAUGUUCCACUGAGCGUGCAAACGUUGCUAUGUGUUUGCAGCACCGAAACACGUCGGCUUGCAAUGAAUUCAUAGAGCUGUUUUCGACAUGCUCAAACAAAUCCAUUGCUCACGAGUAG